AAUCAAAUUUUAUUUACACUUGCUCCUUCGUCUCAUUGGAGAGAUCGUAUAACGUAGUAAAUUUUAGUAAAAAAAAUACAUCCUGUACAAUGUUAUUUUGAAGUUAAUUUAUAAUAAUUAUAUAUAGAAUUGAAAUUUUGUAUAAUGUAAAAAUAAUAAUAUAAAUUAUGGUGCUACUAUUAGCAAUCAAUGUGUUAUUAUCAAUUAACUAUUUAGUUGAUUCGUUAAUCCUUGAUAGUGGUAGGCGCCAUCUAUUACGAAACGUUUUCCCUUUAAAUAAAUUGUGAUAUCAAAGGUAUAUUGUUAACUGAAUGAAAUAAUUACUUAAAAAUGUAUUUUUAGAGAAUUUUUGAAAUAUUAUAAUACUGUAUAGAAAAUGAGACUAAGCUCAAUAUAUUUGAAACAUAAUCCAAGAGCGGCUCAAAAUGUAAAUAAAGUGCCGUUUUACGAAGUGAUGCCUUUAAAAUUAAAAAAUAGAAUUUGUGGGAGCACAAUAAGAACUCUUGAGGAUAAAUGUUUGUAUGAAAUGACACUACUAUUUGGAUGUUGGAAAGAAAAUAAUUUUGAAGAUAGCAUGUGUAACAAAGAAAUGAAAAACUUGUAUGAAUGUUAUAACAAAUAUAUGAAAAAUACUGCUAUGAAGAAGGAAUUACAAAGAAUUGAAAUUCCUAAUCCUAAUGCUAAAAAUCUUACAAGUAAGCAGAUUACAUACCUUUUACGUAUGUAUCCAACUGUUUAAUGAUUUUAAAUAAAAUGUUAGAGUAUUAUAUAAAAAA